AUGGGUGAAAAUAUCGAAAAGUCCACACUACCCUAUCAACUAUUUCUUUAUAAUGAGGAACUACGUCGUCCAAACCCGAGGGUAGUACGUCGCAUCAAAUCAAAAGUGGAGCUAACCGAAAAGCUAAUUAACGAAAACAUGAAGAAUCUCGACAACUACGGAGGCGCCGAUUUGAUGGCAAUAAAUCGACAGGUGGAUUUUAAGGAGGAAUUAACGGAGAAAAUUGAAAUGAUUAAGGAGUGUCACAAAACAAUGAAAUCACAAACAAAUCCAAGCACUUGGCUGUAG